AUGUCUGCGAUAUCACGGAAAAGGCGAGCUCGAACAGGCUGCCGGACCUGCCGAAUCAAAUGUGAUGAGAUACGGCCCCGGUGCCACCGGUGCGAGUCCACCGGCCGAACCUGCGACGGCUACGAGCUAGCUGCGACUGCGGUCCGAGACGCAGCAAUCAAAAACAAAGGCAGAAGAAAGCUUCAGCCGCAGACACUUCGUCGCAAUAAUGACAAGCCUCUUAUUAUAACGACCCAACCGAGAUCCACACCAUCAUUAUCCACUGCCGAGGGCGAGAGCUUCGCUUUCUUCAAGCUGCACACGGCGCGGGAAAUCGCCGGAGGAUUCGAUUCUACAUUAUGGAAUCAAAUAAUACUUCCACUGAGCAACAACGAGCUCUCGAUUUUUCAUGCAGCCGUGGCUGUGGGUGCGAUGCAUCGCUUGUCGAGGGGCCAAUGUCCUUCUCUAACCAUGACCGGCUUCUUUGAGCCGAAGAGUCCCUUCGCCAUCAGGCAAUAUGUCAAAUCCGUGAAUCAGCUUCGAAGCCGACUCAAUGGACCCUCAGAUGCAGUCUGUGGCGAGGUGGCCCUGGUAGCGUGUCUGUUAUUCAUCUGCCUGGAGAUGCUCCAGGGUAAUAGGCCGGGUGCAUUGGCGCAUCUCCGGACAGGACUUCGCAUCUUGUCGACCAUGCAAAUUCCGGAUAUUCAAUUCAAUACCCAAGAAGGGAAGAUUGGACUGAAAAUCUCUCUCGACUGUGGGCCCUUGGGAAUGAGGUUGUUGGCAAGUACCUUUGCUCGUCUGGACUACCAGUCCACUAUGUUUGGGGAGCAGGCCCCGGCCCUUGCGUUGGAUCUCGUCAGCAACACAGACGGGCCAGCGUUCGGGAUUCCAUGUUUCUUCACUAGCGUGGCUGAGGCACGACUAUCCUUGGAUGUGCUUGCUAACGCGGUCCAUCGAUUCCGAGGAGAGUUGCUUGCUCUCGCGGGACGUGAAAUUGACCAUGAGAACACCGAAAUGGACUGGAUCUUCCGAUACUGCCUACAGUCUUCGCGCGCGAAGACUGUAGAUCUAUCCAGCCACCCAAUCCUGGAACAACAGAAAGCCGAGCUGAGUUUCAAGUUGGCACGCUGGCUCUCAGCGUUUCAAUCUCUUGCUACCAACCCGCUAUACUCAUAUGCACGGCCAACGCUACUUCUCGAGACCCAGCACUUCUACAUCGACUUCCUUCUGUCAACCAGUCGCGAUACACGCGAAGAGAAAUGCGAUCACUUUGAUAACACCUUUCAAAGGAUCGUCUCUCUGGUGGAGCGCUUGACCGGAAAUGCCACAUUCUCCAGCAAUGUGCAGACUCCAAUAAACCUUCCUACAUUAACCUUUACUCUGGAGCCAGGGGUAAUUCCUGUUUUGUACCUCGUUGCCAUGAAAUGCCGAAGUACUAUUCCCAGGCGCAGGGCUAUUUCCUUGCUUGAUGCUACCCGAUGUCAAGAGGGCAUGUGGGAGGGAUCUUUGAUCGCGCGGUUCGUCGAGCAAGUGGCUGAUAUGGAAGAGUCUGCUGCUGGAAUUACACCCAGAAGUAUAAAUGUUGUCGCGGGGGAUAUACCGGAGUCGGCGCGCUUCAAUGAUGUAGUUCUUGCUGGACUGGAGGACCUCGGGUAUGGCCGGUUAGUGUGCGCGCGAUAUCUUCACGCGUCUACAAGCGAGAUUGAGAUUUUAGAGGAGAUAUUUCGACUUUAG